CCCCAAUUAAAAAGACAUUAGGGUUCUUGAGCUCUCUAGGGCUUUCGUCCUCUCGCCAGGUAUGUGAUUUCAUGAUCGCGGCAGGCAGAGCGCUGCCCUGCGCAUUGCAUUUACAUCCUCCUCCUCUGAAUCUAAACCUAGGCCGCUUCCCCUCUCUUUCGCUAAUCAAUGCGCGUACCGUUUCCUACCUGACAAAAGAGAUCCAAAUCCAGCCUUGAGUGCCUUGGUUUCGCUCUGGAUGCUGGGAUUUCUCGUGAAUAGGGUAAUAGUGGUGAUGUUUCCUUUUCCUUCCUUUGUCAGCCAGGCGAUGGCCCUUCUUGCUUGCCUUGAAGGGAGGGCUUUUUGGGCUUAGUUUAAUCCAAUGCAGGUGUUGUGUGUAGCAGGGCAUGCCUGUCAGUCCCCACUGGCUAGGCCCAGUUAUCCGCAAAAACCUUUGCUUGCUUGCUCGCUCCAUCUCUUCCUUGAUCAUGCUAGGCUAGUCUUAGAUUUCAAUCAACCAGAGCGUGCGAGCGAGCAGAGCGUGCGCGCCGAGUUGGGUCAAUUGGUCCCAUGUCUCGAGUGGUUCCCAUGGCUUCUUACAAGCACCAUCUCUCCAGGCAAUGCAUUGCCAGAGAGCAGCAAAGAGAUCGGCCGAGCGUCAGGUGUGCCAAUUUCGUGUGCUUGAUUGGCUUGCUUGCGUUGGGCAUUCUCGCAAUCAGCUUGUCCUCGCUCAGGGUCAUGCUAGGCUAUCCGCAUCGCCACAAGCUGCUGCGCAGUGGCAGGCUAGAUCCCCAGGAAUUGAAUAGAACCUUGUUUUUGCAGUCGAUCCAGGAUCCUUGGACGCCGGAGGAGCUUCACAGGCUCAACCUCUUGCUGGAAGGCGAUGGCGAUGUGGUAAAUCUGGAGCUUGUGAGGCGGCGGUGGCAGCGUGACAUUCCAGAGGCGGCCUCGAGAGCCAGAGCCGCCAGAGCAGCGAGCAUCGAUGUGGAUUCGUACUACCGUCACGACCACCGUCCCAACUCGGGCUAUAGGAGGAUCUCGGCUAGAGGGUCCAGGUUGCCGGUGGAGCUCACUCAUCCUCGAUACUCCACGCGUUGGGCGGAAGCGUCUCAAGCUCUACGCUCGUGGCUGAGGAAGAAGAGGUAUGAUCCCAGUGUCAUGAACGAGCUGGUGGAUCAAGUGAGUGCUCCUAUCGUCAAGUUUCUCAAUUCAUCAGCAACAGGCUCUAGCGGGCGAUUCCGGCAGUGUGCUGUGGUUGGAAACAGCGGCAUCCUUCUCAACACCAGGUAUGGAUCUUUCAUCGACAGCCACGAAGCAGUGUUGAGGCUCAACAAUGCCAGAGUCACAGGUUUCGAGCAGCACGUUGGAUCAAAGACGACGCUUUCCUUCAUCAACAGCAACGUUCUAGCUCUGUGCUCUCGACGUCCGGGUUGCAAUUGCCAUCCAUAUGGAUCCAGCGUCGCCACCGUCGUCUAUAUGUGCCAGGCUCUACAUUUCGUCCACCUCAAGCUCUGUGGCUCUCUCAUGGCCGAUGCGCCGCUGCUCGUCACUGAUCCCAGAUUCGAUGCUCUGUGCAUGAGAAUUGUCAAGUACUACUCGCUCAAGAAGUUCUUCCAGAGCUCCGGCGCUGCUGCUUCGGCCAGCUACUCGAUCGAGCACUGGAAACGCAUGCACGACGGCUCAUUCUUCCACUACUCGUCUGGGAUGCAAGCGGUGAUGCUUGCGCUGGGGAUAUGCGACAGUGUGAAUAUUUUCGGAUUCGGGAAAGCUGCCACCGCCAAACAUCACUAUCACACAAACCAGAGAGGGGAGCUCAACCUUCACGACUACGCGGCGGAGUAUACACUCUACCAGGAUCUCGCCAACAACAAGUCCAAUCCUUUUCUAGACGAGGCCUCUGGAUUCAAGUUACCGGCCGUCAGGGUUUUCACAUAGAUAGAUAGAGUCGAGUCACCAGGUUCCGGUAGCCUUCUUUCUACGACAGGAAGGAAGUGAAAGGUAAAGGUCGGGCGGAGGCUGGAAAUGCAGGCAAAGCAGUGGUGGCAGGUCUUGGGCUUAGCGGUGCUCCUACUCUUUCUCUGCAAGAUGUCCGUCAUGGUGUUGGACCAAGAGCUCCACCAGCAACACUUUAGCGUUGGCAGCGAUACAGAUGCAAGCCUGGCGAGGCUCCCCAGAAACCCAAGUCAAGACAAGCGAGGAUGGCUGCUCGAUCCUCUCAAAGCUGCUGCUCAAGCCGGCCUCUCAGGUGGAGCGAUUGAAUGCACAGCAGUUCACGCAGGAGAGAUUCAAGUAGGGGCCGUUCGUGCCAAUCAUCGGCAUCACUUUUGCAACGAGACGUUUCUCCUUUGGAACGCUCGAGCGUUGUUUCGUCUGGAGAACGCAUUCAUGGACAAUGGAUAUGCGCAGGCUGUUGUUGGAGCUGGCGAGGUAUCAAUCGCCGCUGCGCCGGCUGGCCGGGCACAUGCUUUGGCAAAUAUUGACAGGCACAAGACACUCUUUUUUUUGGCGUGUCAAGACGCUCUAUUCAACCCCGAGAAUCCAAUGACAGACUUUCGGAUAUGGGACGAUCUGUGACGAAAUGAAAAAGCCCAAGGCAAAAGCUCUCUUGGCUCUCGGUCUUA